AUAUAUAUUAACAGGACUGUCAAACUUGUAAAAAGGCACAGUAGUAAAAUCCAAUUUAAAAUAAAUCGAUAUCGACUAUCGAUAGUAGAUUAGUCGAUUUGUAGCAGCUAAAUAGAAACGAUCAUUGGUUGAUACUUUAGCGUGUUAACGAUUUGAUUGGCUUUUUAAGAUCAAAUGAUAAUGCUUAGUUUUUCAAUUACGAUAAUGUUUAAUAAUUUGUAAGAAAUAAUAAUUUCCAUUAUAAACGAAUGAUAAUCCAAGUAAAAUAAUAAUAAUAUGAUUUAAAAAUGUAAUUUAUUAAAGCCUCGUUCUUAGGAAGAAUUUGAACGUCUGAAUAAAGCUUAUUGUUUUCGCGGGCAGAGUAGUUGAGUGUGCGCAUGCGCGUAUCGCGCGCGACAACAAAAUAAGAUGGCCGUGCAACGAAACAAAUAGAGCGCCGUCGUAAAUAACAAACCGUCCUAUCACGCUUCUAACGAAGAUAUUUGUGUACAACUCCUUCGUGUAGGAUUGUAGCGGCUGUUUAAUAUCGAAUAAUUUCUUCUUAGUUUUAAAAAAGACGAUUAGUGUAAAAAAGCUUUGAUGAGUUUUUGUGAAUAAAUUAAAAGGCGCGUGGAGCGUUCGUAAGAAACCUCGGCCUCGUUAUAUGCAUCACGCGCGUGCACGAGGGUACGUACGGUACGUCCGUGCGUACGUGCGUACGUGCGUGCGUACGUGCGUAAGUGCAUAAGUGCAUCUUUGAGAAAUUGUUAGGAUUAUAAAAAAAGUGGAUACGAUAUUCGAUAAUCGUCAUCGCCAGGAUGCAACCGCAUGGGGAGGCCAAGCGUCAUUCCCGUCGCCGUCCACGGUUCGCCUAGCUCCUCAUGCUAGUCUCCUCUUCCAAAUUGCUUGUAGCACAGCAUGAAGGAGAUGCUUGGAGGGUGCUGUGUGUGUUCUGAUGAGAGGGGUUGGACCGAGAAUCCGCUGGUCUAUUGCGAUGGACAGGGAUGUACUGUCGCUGUACACCAAGCGUGCUAUGGCAUUGUUACCGUACCAACAGGACCUUGGUAUUGUAGAAAAUGUGAAUCGCAAGAAAGAAGUGCACGUGUGCGCUGUGAAUUAUGCCCGAGCAAAGAUGGAGCGCUCAAAAGGACGGAUCAAGCUGGUUGGGCUCAUGUUGUAUGCGCUCUUUAUAUUCCAGAAGUGCGCUUUGGCAAUGUUACAACAAUGGAACCCAUUAUAUUACAGCUUAUACCUUCUGAAAGAUUUAGUAAAUCUUGUUAUAUUUGCGAAGAUCAAGGUAGAGGAAGCAGAGCAAAUGUUGGAGCUUGUAUGCAGUGUAAUAAAACAGGCUGCAGGCAGCAAUUUCAUGUUACCUGCGCUCAAGCUCUUGGUUUACUUUGUGAAGAAGCUGGCAACUAUCUUGACAAUGUCAAAUAUUGUGGAUAUUGCCAGCAUCAUUAUUCAAAAUUGAAAAAAGGUGGUAAUGUUAAAACUAUACCACCAUAUAAACCUAUACCUGCUGACAAUGGAUCAUCAGAUUCAUCUCCUGAAAAGGAAGCCGAGACUCCUAUAAAAUCAUCAUCAAGUAGUAAAAGGAAAGGAUCCAGUUCAAAAUCAACUACAAAUUCUAAAAAUAAGUCUAAUACUAGUCCAAACGUAGAAAUAAAUGGUGUUACCGAUGACACCAAGAGUAACAGUGGUCGUAAUACUCCCAAAGAUGGUUCUGCGAAUACUGGAAAAUUUACGACAUCAAAUUUUGUAGAAACUAUUGUUACACAGUCAGAAAGCGUAUUUGGACACGAUGGAUCUACUUCAGUGACUGCAGCAACCGCUGUUACAACUGCUAAUAUAAAGACGAGUUCUAAUUCGAAUUUGAUUCAUAAAAAUAGUAAUCAAACAAAAUCUAAUUCUUCACAAUCCAAUAAGGGUUCAAGUCAUACAAGUAAACGAAGAAAGACUGGUGCGCGUACACCAACUGUGAUAGGAAAUGAAAAUUCAAAUCAAUCUGUCAGUUCUGAAGCCAGUGGAUCUGUAGUAGUAGCUGUUAGUUCAGUAGUUCAGCAAACAGUUUCAAGUAAUAAUAAUGUACAACCUACUAUAACUGAAGCCACUAGUCUUAGUACAACAACUGAGCCUGAAAGAGUAAAAAAGUUAAAAAUCGACAGUCCAAUACAAUCUGCAUCUAGUACUCCAGUUACUACAGAGGCAACAACUACACCUGUGAUAAUGUCAGUAACGCAAUCUCAAUCAUCAACAUCUAUUCAAUCACCAACAACUACAUCGAAUAGUAUAGUUGUUUCUGUUCCUUUAACUGCUGCAUCUCUUUCUGGUACUGCCCAAAGUGUAGUAACAAGUGCUCCUACGUUGUAUCAACAAUUACAACAAAGUAUUAUUACUACUGCAGCUAACACCGAGCCAAGAUCGAGUAUCAUGCCAAGUACUGAGAGGUUUAACUUAGAAGAAGCUCCUACUAAAAGAUCUCGAUCUCAAUCUUCGGACAAAGAUAAAGUUCGUAAACCAAAACGUGGGUCAUCUAAUAGUCAACCAGCAUUAGCACAAACACAGCCACAAUCUCAAGCUCAAUCACAGCUACCGAUAUCAUCAAUUGCAACAUCAGUAUCUAGUAGCGCAGUUGUUACGACUUCUAAAAGAGGUGGAAGAAGCAAUCAUCAAACAUCUCCGCCAACUGUAUCAGUAGCACCUGUCCCUUCAAUAAUACAAGGUCCUUCGUUAGUAACUAGCGGCCAUUUUAGUAGUAUUGGAUCCGUGGGCUCGAUGGGUCCUACUGUUAAAGAUUCACCUCCCAGUAGUCCAGGUUCUGAAAGUAUGAGUAGCAGCGGGCCAGGACGUCGUAAAAGAAAAAGUACUUGUCCAGCAUCUACGACACCUACACCACCUGCAUCUAGUACACCUACAACUAUAACGAAUAAUACUAAAGAGGAAAAAGAUAUUAAGCUAUUUCAAAAUGGAGUUAGUGCGCCUCAUAUGUUAGGAAAUCAAUUGAAUCCAACUUCAACGAUGGCACAAAAGAUGUCUGAUACGUUAUCACAAGAAUUAGAGGCUCAUUCUAUUUUUACAGAAGCAAAUAAUUCAGCGGCAACUUUAGUUGGUCCACAAUUACACAGUCGUGUAAUAGCCUCUAUACGAUCGAAUCAAACAACUACGGCACCUACCUCUUUUUCAUCUGUAUUUUCAACAAACAGUAAUACAAAUAUUAGUACUGCAAGUUCCGGAACGUUAGGUAGUGGAGCAAUUCCACAAACGUUAGAUCAAUUGUUAGAAAGACAAUGGGAACAGGGCAGUCAAUUUUUAAUGGAGCAAGCACAGCACUUUGAUAGUGAGUUUGCAUCAUUACUUUCGUGUCUUCAUCAGUUGAGAGCUGAAAAUGUCAGAUUAGAAGAACACGUAAAUAGUCUUUUACAGAGGAGAGAUCAUUUAUUAGCAGUGAAUGCGAGACUAGCAAUUCCUUUAACAACUCAAACGAGUACACAUCCAGCGAAUAAUGUACAUCCAACGGUUAAUCCACCACACGCUAAUGUCGCCCAUCCUGAGGUACCAUCGGGAGCAUCUGGAGCUGCUGUACCUAGAGUUAAUCGAGAAACUCGCGUGAAUAAUACAUACAUACCUCAUUCUAGUUCCGUAAACCAUCCAACUACAUUAGAAAACGGAUUGCCACCGGACCCCUCACCACCUGCAGCAGCAUCCCUAUCUCAGUAUCAACACAGAGGAUCUUUGGUUGCUCCACAACCGAGUCCUACAAUAAGACAUAGUCCAGCAACUAGUGGAUAUUUACAAGGACAGCAAAGUAACAUUGUAUCACCUGCCACAGCUAGUAACUCGGGAGUUGUAAGAAAUUCUUCAGUAACACCAGAUCCCUUACGUGGUGUUCCUCGAUCAGUUCCGCAAUCAUCAAGUAGUUAUAUGCCAUCGAUGUAUCAAUCAGCAGUGUCAACUCUUCCUAAUCAUCAAGUAGGUAGCGUUCAUAAUCUUCAUUCACAUGGACCUUCCCCAACUAACCAUGGACCUCCGGGUAAACCUAGCUGAAGGUAGAUGCUAUUACAAAGUAAAGAAAAACUUUCAGCAUCUGUAAAACGUGAUAAAAACAUAGGCUAGUUAAUAUGUUCGAUCGUGUUUUAUCGUUAGUAGUGUAUUUUAAAGGUAACAGGUAUAGAAUUUUCAUUUCUUUUUCGUUUUAUUUUUGUUUUGUUUCGUUUUGUUUUAUUCAUUAUGAAGAGUCGAACUAAUUGAAUUUUAUUCCUUUAAUUCUUGACUUGAUACAUGUUUGUUAGUCUCUACUCAAUUAUCAAAAUUUUGUUUAUCAACGAAUAAUAGAAAUUAACAAAAAUUCAUGUUUAGUAUGUUCACGUGUUGUAUGUAUCACGACAGAAAAAUACAUUAGUAUAAUUUAUAUUAAUUAAAAUUUUAUAAAAUUGGUAAAUAUAUUUGUUUAUCUACAUUUGAGAUAUAAAAACAAUUGCAGGAAAUUACUGAAACUUUUGUAAAAGAAGUUGCUCUGUCGAGACGCAUUUCAACUAUGAACGAAAUUAAGAAUUCUAUUCAAAAUGAUCAUGAUUAUUGUAUGAUUAUUCAAUUAAAUAAUUAGUUGUCGAUAGAAGGACACAUCAAUUUUUCUUGGUUUUUCUUGGUCAAGCACAUAUGAGACAAUCAAUCUCAGAGUGUUGACAUCGUAAAGGAUCAUCAGCAAAAUCCAUAGAUGUACAAACGUUGUAGACUAUAAGUUAAGCUAUCGCGAUAAAUAGCAAUAAUAUGAUAUAGAUGUACAUUUUAAUUAGGAUUAAAGAAAGAAAGAAAGAAAGAAAGAAAGAAAGAAAGAAAAGAAAAUGAUAAGAAAUAAGAAAAAAAAAGAA